AUGAACACACCAAAUUCCACCACUUCCUCCGAAUUAGAAACUCCUUUAAGCUUUUCCUUUACAAAUAUUAACUCACUCGUACAUAAUUUGAUUUCUAAACCUACGUUUAGUCCUUUUAAUUUAGAACAAGAUAUAGAUCAAGUCUUACAGUCAUUGAAACGACAAUGUGAAGAAGAAUACGUGAAACUGAAUGAAAUACGUUCCAAAUUAAAACAUUUUGAAACACCACUGAACGCGUUAUCCGAAGAAGAAAAGAGAGAUACUUUAAACGAAAGUGAAAUUAUUCAUGACACCUUAUUGGAUAAAUUGAAAAGAUUUCAACAGAACAUCGGGUCUAUGACUCAGAAAUCAGAAAUAGGUGUUAUAAGGGAGAAGAUCAAUACAGUUAGAAAGGAUUUCGACACGUUGAUGUAUGAAUUUAGGAAAUUCGCUGACACUAAUUUCCCACCACAGGACUGUGCGAGUGAUGAAAUAAUGAUUGACAAUAGUGAUGAUUUAGAAAAUGAAAAUGAGAUAAUGUUAUCUUUAAAAGAUAUGAUAGAGGAUUUGAUGAACCAAACGUAUUCUAAUCCUAACAACCCUUAUUUAAAGUUUGAUCCAGAUAGAGUAUGGAAUCCUUAUGUAGAGACGCUAAUCCGUGCCGGAAUUGCCAAGAGACAUCCAAACGAUGCCAAUAUGCUAAAAUUGGUUGAAUUUCAUUUGUAA